CUGCGGCAAAAAAAGGAAGGCAGAAAACUUCUCUGAGAAAGGUGUUAACAGAAAUAGGGUACAAAUUCGUGAAAUGUGAAACCACAGUUUCUAAUGAAGUUUUAGAUACAGUAUUAAAAGCUGGGGAGGUGUUAAAAAUCAGAGGUCUCUGGAGGCAGACUGACGAAGCUGGUGGGGAUUCUAUUCCUGCAGAAAAAACAUCCACAUCAGCAACAACCACAACAGUAACAAAUAAAACAGCCGAAAAGCCUAAGGAGGUUACAAAGAUUGCUCUGAAAAAUGAUGAUAAAAUUAUAAAGACAUUCAGUCCUCAAACUCUGCAGGGCCAAGGGAGUAGACCCAUGUUCAUUGGACCUCCAAAAUUAGUAUUUAUAAAGAGAGCAGAUGGUACUACUAAAGCUGCUAUUCAACAAGGGGGUGUAUCAAAAGGUCAAACAAUAUUAGUAUCUCCAGCGCCAAGCACGGAGGCGCAGAGUUCAGUAACUCCUGUUCCCCCGACCACGGUCGCGGUGACAACUGAAGAUCCAGACGAGCCGCCACCUACAAGAGUAUUGAGACGGCAUGCUACUGAACGUAAAUAUGGAAAAAGACAAAAGACUGAUUCUAGUUUGGAGGAGCCUAAGGUUGAUGAUUCUUCAUCACCUGCAUCAAAGACUCCUGUGCAAGCCUUAAUACCUGAAGUGCAAGUAAAAGAAGAACCCGAAUGGGACGCAAGUAGUAUAGAAGAAGAGGAGCGAUCAAUUGCAGAAAUGUUUCAAGCCGAGAUGAGUGUUAAAUCUGAGCCAUUGGAUGAUGAUAUUGACGUGGAAGAUGAUGGCUUGUUGUAUAGCCCGCUGGCUUGUGAGCUGUGUGCGGAGGUGUUCACAGUGCCGGCCGCGUGGGUGCGACACGUGCAAAGCCACGCCAGCAAUGAACCGCACCGGAAGAGGAAGCUCAGUGACGACUCGGAUGAGACGAUGGCUCUGCUGAGGUGCGACCUGUGUCAGAAGCACUUCCCGAACCCAGCCGAGUGGGUGCGACACAUCCAGAGCACACACACAGAGUCUGAAUUGGCCAUAUCAAACAACAGUGCACCACCAAAACGUCACAAUCGUUUCACAGAGGGCGCACAGAACAAGACGUGCAUGCAAUGCAAGAAGAUAUUUCCGUCGCAUGCAUCAAUGCUAAUACACAUGAGGACUCACACAGGUGAGCGGCCAUUCCUGUGCGGCAUGUGCAACAAGGGCUUCAACGUGAAGUCCAACCUGCUGCGUCACUUGCGCACGCUGCACGACCACGUGGUGAGCCCCGCGCAGAUCGAGGACGAGGAGCCGGGGCCCUCGCACGUCAAGAAGGAAACGUGAGGCCGUGGAGGGAGGGCAGGCAGGGGCCGCGGCCGGCGUGCGUUCAUGCCCGCACUGGCCGCCGCCAAGAACGACCCCGCGCUGCGCAAACAGAGCUACUCGCUAUUUCUGAAACAGCGCGCCGUGCUCUUCUCAGCCAAGAAGUGGAAGUAAACCAGACACGUCGCUACCCAUAACAAUGCUCGCUCUAUAGCAGCUGAGAUACUAAGUUAUUGAGUUAUGUGAUUAGUUUAAACUUUACCCGUGUUCGUUGUGCAUCUGAUAUUUUAAAUUGUUUGACGAUAUCAACAAGUCAAAAAUUAAUGAAUCAUUUAAUUCGCAUGAACGAGUAGAUAUAAUAUGAAAUACUUUACAUUUUUAUGAAGAUAGGUACUAUAGUUAUUGAUUUUACAUAUUUUUACAUCUAAUUUCUUAUGGAAAGUGAACGAAUUAACUAUUUAAUAUAUUUGAGAUAAUAUGAUUAAUUAAAUUUAUCGCAAUCUCAUAAUAUUUCAGACUUAUUGCACACACUUUCUAAUUGUGGUAUUGUUGAACACAUAUGUUCCGCUACCGUAGCGCGUCCGAACGUUUGGGCGUAUCAAAUUCGAUGAUGUGUUUAGGCCAUAAGAGUGCAUAAUUUUGCAUUGAAUCUGUUAUAGACAAAAUAGUUCAUAUUAUUAAGUCAUCCAAUGAGUUGCCGGGAUUUCUUUCAAGCAUAUUUUAAUGUUACAUUGAGACCAUAUUCAUAGAUUAAUUUGUUAUUAAAUUAUGCUAUUAUUGCGCAAAUUAUUAGUUUUAAUGUGGUGUUGUAAUAAUUAACUCUAAUUAAUACUGGACUAGCCAGCCAUUCUAAUUAAUCAAAGCUAUUACUUGGCAGAUUACUUAUAAUAUAUUUUAGCAAAACUCGACACAAUCUCACUGAAACACAACUGAGCGAAAACUAUGCCUUAUAUACGCGUAGGCAGAGUUUUGCUUCAGUUGUUUUAUGUACGUCAAUGGUAGAUGGUACAUGCAUAUGUGUACCGAAAAAAACACUUUCUUGAAAAUAAUUAUGAAUGGGGCAAAAUUAGUUUGUUAUAAUGCCACUUGGUAUUCUAGUCAUGGCAAAUGUAGGUUGGCCCAAGGUGCACUUACAUUGAAUAAUAAUAAUUUAUGUGAAAGCUAUUAAUAUACACAUAUUUUGUAUGUUGUAUUGUGGGGGAUAUUAUCUUGAUGUCAUUAGAUGUAGAGAUAAAAACAAAUAAAAUUAGUUGACAAAAUUUGCAAAUAUAUUUUGUAAUAUUUAACUUUAAAUCAUCUAGUCUUAUUUGAUUCACUGAUUUUAGUAAAAUUACCACUAUUAUUAAGCUUCUAAUAUUUAUAUAAACUGAUGUUUUAAUUUGUUUAGUCAAUUAGAUAUAAGUUACUGUAGCAUUUAAUAUUGGGUAGCGACACUGGUACUUCACAUCCUGCCCUUCCUCGGAUAAUAAUUGUAAAAUAUUUUUAUAAUUACUGGUUUGUUAACCAGAUGAUUUAGUUUGUAAGUUUUUAUUUAGCAUGUAAGAUGGUUUAUGAUAUUUCGUAUGUAAAGGCUUCAUACAAUGUAAGAGGUUACUUUAAUUUAUUAAAAAAAAACAUUCCAUAUUAUUUCUUGUGUGACAAUGCAAUUAAAGAUUUUAUUGAAAAUGAUUUAUUUUAAUUUAUUACUCAUGUGAAACAUGAAUUCUAUUUUAGUGUUUGUACAAUUUUUUUAAAUGAUAUGUGGAAAUAAAUACAUAAAAUGAAA